AUGUCUCCAGGCUCUGAGAGGAAGUUGCUUCCUUCAAGGAAGGGUUCUUUGGGAGAUUCUGUUGUUGGGAUUGAGCUGGACUCGAUGGCGGAUAAGGCGAACGAUUUGCCCAGCAGUGGCUCACAUCACAAUGCACAGACUGAGGAUGAUAAGUUUGAGGGCUUGUUUUUCGGCGUCAGUCAGGUUCUUCUCACAGUUCUCGGUUUCGUCGUCGGUCUGUCGCUAUCUUUCCGAAACUCAACGGCCUACGAGAGAUACAACGAGGGGCGCAAGUACUGGUCUCAACUAGCUAGUGUGACGCAGAGUCUGGCAAGAAUUGUCUGGGUCCAUGCGAGUGAGCGUGAGGAAUGCGAGACGGAAGACCUAUUGGCCAAAGUUACAUUUUGCAACAUGCUGGUUUCACUCUGCUUCGCCUUGAAGCACCGACUACGCCACGAGCCAUUCACGCACUACGACGACCUGCAAAGUAGGACCGGGCAUUUGCCGAUAGUGGCACAUGAGGCCGGGAAGAAAGAGUGGGAGAAACCUACCAGAUGGGAGACAAUAGGCCUGUUCCUCGGGUUUCCCAUGGCAGAGCAGAAUCCUCGAAGACUCAUGAAGAACCCUGCCAAGCCGUUGGGCAAUGUGCCGCUGGAGAUUCACAGCUCUUGCUCGACGUUUAUCCAGGCCAUUAUCGACAACGGGACGCUCAAGACGCCGGGCUGCCACACAUCAGCCAUGGGGUUGUUGGCACAAAUUAACGACAUUCUCAACGGAACAGAGCGAAUCCUCAACACCCCGUUGCCGCUGGCUUACUCGAUUGCCAUUGCCCAAAUAACAUGGGCGUACAUCCUUCUCCUGCCGUUCCAACUUGUCGACAAUCUCAAGUGGACAACAAUCCCGGCAACAAUUUUCGCGGCAUACAUCAUUCUUGGGCUUGCCCUUAUUGGACGGGAGAUUGAGAACCCCUUCGGAGACGACGUAAACGAUUUGCCCCUCGAGGGCUUCUGCGAGCAGAUUCGGCAGGAUAUUGACAUAAUCAUGAGCCAUUCGCGGAAGUCAACGGAAGAUGUGGUGAAGAGAGAUGAGAAUGCGGUACUCUACCCGCUGAGCCAACACGGGUAUCAUGCUCUGGUGUCCAAAUCGCCGGAAGAAAUUAGAGCGUUGCUCCGUGUCAAACUGCAAAUGCCGAAUGAUGAAUGA